AUGACAGACACUUCUCUUCCUGUCAAAGCUAUCAAUGCUCACGACUACACGCGCGGCGCGCUGCCCACUCCACACAUCACAUCCCUCCACCAGCGUCCAUUUGCUGCCGAUAGCACGCAGGAAGACGACGGCCAGAUUAGCUGCAUUUGCGGCUACGCUGACGACGAUGGCUACACCGUCGCGUGUGAUUUGUGCAAUCGUUGGCAGCACCAGCUGUGCUACUACCCACAAUACGAUGACGGCGGACUGCCUCAGGACCUCCAGCAUUACUGUAUUGAGUGUAGGUACCGGCCCAUCGACAAGGAAAGAGCCCGGACACGACAGCGGGAACAUCGGGAGAAACGUGAGCAUGCCGAAUCACUCACUAACGGCGUUAAGCGGGCUGUAUCCAAGAGCCACAAGAAGAAGAUAAAGGAGCCUGGCGCGCAGACAAACGGCUGGCCCGCCGUCGACAAGAUCCGACACGACCGUAACAGCGCCAGUCCUCGCGACGUCGCGCCGCCCGCGAAACGGCCGAAAACAAGUCAUCGUGCAUCGGACUCGACCACGACUACUUUAGCCACCAAUGGGACCACCACAACAAUUCCAACCGCCAAGGGUCACUCUCGGAAACGCAAUACUUCGACUGUUAAUCACCGACGAAGUGCUUCGCGUCCACCUGAGAUCAACGUGGACCAAUACUCGACAGAGUUCUUGCGAUGCUAUCAAGAAGAUCAAUGGGAUGUCACUGGUGCCAAUUUACACAACAGCAUAUCCGUUACCAAUGCCUUGUCGGAAUGGGUGGAUCUUCCAGAAGACGAGUUCCGAGCAAUGCACGGGCAGGCCAAAGGGGAUCUGCUCAACCGAUGGGAUGGCGACCUCGAGGACAUUCCAGGAAGGGCAUGUGUGGCCAUUGAGUCACGCCAGGAUGAGACUGUUCUUUACGGAGGCCAGCAUCCGUCAUGGAAGUUCUUGACCGUCGAGGAUCCUGUCCCCAAUGGCGCUUACAUUGGCGAACUCAAAGGUCGCAUUGACUUCAAGAAGGAAUACCAAGAAGAGACCAAGAACCGGUGGUCUCGGCUGAGACAUCCAGAGCCUUUCGUCUUCUUUCACCCCAGUCUGCCCAUUGUCAUAGAUGCGCGCGAGGAAGGAACCGAGCUGAGAUAUGUCCGACGCAGCUGUCGUCCCAAUGCCAGAUUGCAGAUUCUCGUCACCAACCACGUCGAUUAUCAUUUUUGUUUCAUGGCGACUCAGCAGAUUGACCCAGGGAUGGAAAUUGCCAUGGGCUGGGAUACCAAUGACGGCCUCCCGGAGCUCACCAAUCGUAACAACAUACUGGAAGGAGACAUGGAGCUACUCUCUGACUGGGUGUCCACAGCGCUCGCUAACUGCGGGCCAUGUGCAUGCCAGCAGCCCGAAGAAGAUUGCAUGAUGUCACGCUUCGAUCGACGCAUUCGUGGCCAUGAAAGCGAAGUCCAACCUGCAAAGACCGUCAAGUCUAAGAAGCGCAAGGCCAACAACCAAAUAUCGCCACUCAACACCAAUUCUGUCAACAGCCGUUCUGGGAGCGAGGUUCGGAAAGUGGAACCGGACGAUGAAGGCACUGAAUCCCGGUCCGUGUCUGGUUCCGCUGGAAGAGGCUCCGCAAGCCGCGACAUCACGCCAAACACUCACUACUCUACUAAUGGCGGACAGUCGGGGAUGAUCCCGGAAGUAUCUGAAAGGGAACGCAAAAAGAUGGCAAAGGAGGAAGAAAUUUUUCGGCGUCAGGAAGAAGAAAGAAAUGGCAAACGAGGGAAAACAGUGAAGCGCAGCAGUGCCGGCUCAAACCUCAACACACCAAGCGCCACGUCUUCCAAGCAAUUGGGGUUCCCAACCUCUGCAUCGUCCAAAAACAUGGACUCCGCCCCUUCCAAGCAAGUCUCCACGCCGGCAACAAAAGGCGGUCCUGGUCGGAAGCCGAAGGUGCAAAAGCCAUUAGUCAGGUCAGCCAAUAGAGUGAAUAACCGCCCGAAGCCGGUGUACGUCGAUGCCAACACGCAAUGCGAUCUUGAUGCGGAAGAAGCUUCCCACCUUGCUUCUCUGCGUCCGCCGAGGUCGCCGCCGAAGAAGCGCUACAUAAGCAGCAGACAACGACUACUCGAUCGCUGUGCGCGGAACAAUGCACAACGACGUCGGGAUCCCAAUUUGAGUCUGUCGACUGAGCAAAGUGUAGCCGGUCUACGAGGAGACAGCGUGGAUAUGGCGGUGUGCGCGGACUCGCCAUCAGCGCUGUCAUCUCACUCUGUGCCUAAGUCAUCGGCAGAUGUGUCCCGUGGCCAUGGACAUGUGCCCCCAUCCGACAUGGACAUGCAGGAUGCACCAACACAGGACAUURCAAAAUCGGAGGCAGGCGUUGAGGGGUCAGCCAGUGUCUCGUCGCCUCAAGAGCUUUCUGCCCGAACGGAGGUCGUCGGGCCGGCGUCGCCGGAUGAUCCACAUGUCCCAUCCAUCGCACCUGCAUCCAUCGCUUCUUCUUCAGACGCUGAUCCUUUGGAAGUGCCACCGGCUUCGACAGCCAUGCACGUGGAAAUGCCGCCACCUCUUGCCAGCACAACUUCAGUUGUAGCCGGGCCUGUUGCUCAGUCUCCUGCUGCGCUUGGCUCUGGGACUGUAUUCUCGCCGGCCGUUACAGCCGCAGUGUCCCCCAGUCCGGCGCGGAAAAAGCUAAGUCUUAGUGACUACACGCGGCGCAGCAAGGCAAAGGACCAUGAUGGCAAAGCGGAUCGAGAAAGCUCACCCGCUUCAACUGCAUCUGGGCCGGUAAUGCACCACUCCUCUUCGACAAACGGCGGACCGGCAAUUGAUGAAGAUGUCAAGAUGGAGGACGUGGAGAACAUUAGCCCACAAGCAUGA